AUGCUUUGGGUAAAAAGCCUCAUCCAAUCUACGCUACUCAUCCGUCUCCUUGUUACAUGUCGUGGAGAAUAUAAGACUCGACUGUACCUUGAAGGCUCCACCGAUAGUCAGAUAAUUUUGGGUGGUGAGAUGGUCGGGAAGGAUAUACGUGCGUACGUCCAUGGGACAUUGAGUACUCGCGAAACCUUCAGAAGAUGGCGCCGGGAAGGCUACGAGAUUAUUCAAAAAGAGAUCGGGGACAGCUUAAUGGCAAAGGCCGACGAUCCCGCCUCCCUACGCAGAGAGCUGAAAGCCCUGCCAGAUGACUUGGUAAAUACGUACGCAGCAAUUCUGAAGAGAAUUCCUAAGCGGUCAGAGGCACAGUCUGUACGACUCUUGCAAUUUCUUGCCCUCUCUGAGCGACCACUUCGAAUCAAAGAGGCUGUUGAUCUACUCGCUGUAGACCCGGACGCGGAGCCCAGGUUUGAUCCUCAUAACAGAAUGCCUAUUCCGGAAGAGAUCACUGGAUACUGCCCUGGCUUAGUUAUCAUCGCCCAUUCUAAGGACCACUGGGUAGAUGCGGAGAUCCAACUCGCGCAUGCUACGGUAAAGGAAUACCUGCUUUCUGAUCGGUUGCCACAAGAUAUCUCUGCCCUCUUUUCAUCAUCAUUAUUGACGGCAGCUACCUCGGUUACAGAGAUCUGUCUUGCAUAUCUGCUAGACGUGGAACUAGUGCCUCGCCCAGAUUGCGAAUGCCACUAUGAGGACGAAGAGUCAACGUGCGACCAUGGAUCGUCCUGCUACCACUAUCAAGGUUCUCGUGGGGUUGGCUUGGACGUCCUCAUCAAAAUGAAAUACCCGUUUGCAAGGUAUGCUGCAGACUACUGGAUGAAACACGCCCUUCACGCCAAUACCCCACGAAUCAACGCUCUGCUCGAGAAGUUCAUUGACUGCGAUAUUUUCCAUCAACUCUACAGAACCUCCACUGCAAACCCUUCAGCACUAUACCACAUGGCAAACGAAGGACUUACUUGGGCGAUUGAGACACUGCUGAAAAAAGAUGCUACCCUCAUCGAUGCCCGAAAAGAUGAAAGUCUUCUCGCGGCAGCUAUACGGCGACAUAACGAUGACACCUUCUACCUCCUGUUAGCUAGAGGUGCAAAGAUAGACGAGAACGCGCUUGUGUGUGCAUCGUCCCGGGGAAACAAGGAGCUCUUCCGACUUCUGAUUGGGCAGAUUCCUGACGCCGACGUUUGGGCGUGGUGCGGCAAGGCGGCCAAGGCUGCCUGUGAAGAAGGCCACAUAGAGAUCCUGCAAAUGAUACUCCAGAAAUGUGACGAGGCUAACAUCAUGUGCUGCGUUAAGGGCGACAGCAUAUGCGUCGCAUUCAAACGAGGCCAUGAUACUAUGGUUAGGGUGCUUCUUGAUAAGCCCCCACAUGAUGACUUUUACUGCUGGAGCUUGAAGUCUGCAUCUCGCAGGGGGCUCUAUAAGUUGGUCGAAAUGAUCCUUACAAGAGAUACAGAUGCCGAUGCUGCUGACCGGAGAACACAAGCUCUGUCUAUCGCAUGUCAGAACGGGCGCAUAGAGAUUGUCAAAUUGCUUCUCAAUAAUGGUGCUGAGACGCAAAAGUCAGUUUAUCAUGCAGCUAGCAUGGGAAACGAAGAAAUUCUGCAGGUACUUCUCGCAAACGGCGGAGACCCAAACGCACGUUACGGGGGUGAGACUGCUCUUCAAGCUGCAUGCUUCAAAGGACAUACAAACAUCGUUCGGGCACUACUUGAGCUUGGUGCCAGCGACAAAGGUCUAUUCGGUCCGCUAUGA